AUGGGCAAAGGCAUAGCUUUAAAAGAUGCUUUGAAGAAGUGGGCUGAGAAAACAGGCGAAUCUCCGGCGGAAGCUACAGUCGUGAAAUUGAAUGGUUGGAUACCCUCCAUCGAUAAGUUAGAUGCAUCCUUAGCUACACUAUGCAACUGUGAAAAACUAUCGCUAUCUACUAAUAUAAUCGAUAAGUUGACAAAUCUUAAUUCUCUUACUAACAUCAAAAUUCUGUCCAUUGGAAGAAACAAUCUCAAGUCCUUCAAUGGAAUCGAAAGUAUUGCAGAAAUUCUGGAAGAGCUCUGGGCUUCUUACAAUAACAUUGACAAGUUAAAACCUGUCGCUUCUUUGAAAAAUUUGAAAGUCCUUUACAUGUCCAACAACAAUUUGAAAGAUAUCAACGAGCUGAAACACCUGGCAGAGUUGGAAAAUUUGGAAGAUUUAGUAUUGAAAGGUUGUCCUCUAGAAAACAAUCUUGGAGAUAAUUACAGAAUGAAAGUUGCCGAAGUUCUUCCACAACUGAAAAAACUGGAUGGAACCUCCUUGAUCGCUCGCUCAGAACCUUUGGCGGAUUUAGAAAAUGAAGAAGUGCCCGACGAAGAACAAACAUGA